GGAGGGCGAGGCCCCGGCCAGCGAGACCUGCACGUCGCUGGACCGCCCCUCGGCCUAUCGCCAGGACCCCUCAGCACCCGGCUCCGGCCUGAGCCCGGACCACUACGAGCACACGCCUGGGGGCCCCUAUGGGCUGUACGCCGGGCCGCUGGGGCAGCAGCAACGCGCGCGGAGGCCCAAGCUGCAGCACUCGGCCUCCAUCCUGCGCAAGCAGGCCGAGGAGGAGGCCAUCAAGCGGUCACGCUCCCUCUCCGAGAGCUAUGAGCUCUCCUCCGACCUGCAGGACAAGCAGGUGGAGAUGCUAGAGCGGAAGUAUGGGGGGCGCCUCCUGACCCGCCAUGCGGCCCGCACCAUCCAGACAGCCUUCCGCCAGUACCAGAUGAACAAGAACUUCGAGCGCCUGCGCAGCUCCAUGUCGGAGAACCGCAUGUCCCGCCGGAUCGUGCUGUCCAACAUGCGGAUGCAGUUCUCCUUCGAGGGGCCCGAGAAGAUGCACAGGUCCCUGUUUGAAGGGGAGCAGGUCUCAGUGACGGACGACGGCUCUCAGCUGGGGACCCUGGUGCCCUCUGAGCGCAGUGACUUUGGGGAGCCGCCGGCCCUCCGGUCUGCAGCCCCGCCCAGUGACUUUGCAGAUGCUAUCACUGAGCUGGAAGACGCCUUCUCCCGGCAGGUGAAAUCACUGGCCGAGUCCAUCGACGACGCCCUUAACUGCCGCAGCCUUCAUGCUGAGGAGGCCCCAGCCCCCGACACGGGGCGAGCCCGGGACCCCGAGCCCCAGGCGGCCCUGCACGCUGUGGACCACCACAAACUAGACGAGAUGACAGCUUCCUACAGCGACGUCACCCUGUACAUCGACGAGGAGGAGCUGUCCCCACCCCUGCCCCUCUCCCAGGCGGGGUGCCGGCCAUCCAGCGCUGAGCUAGACCUGCCGCUGCGGGCUGGGGGUGCCGCCCAGGACUACUGGGUGCUGGCGCACAAGGACGACAAGGGGGACACGGACCGGAGCUGCCAGAGCACACCCUCGCUGGAGCAGCAGGAGCAGCGGCUGCGGGCGGAGCACCUCCCUCUGCUCACCAUCCAGCCGCCCAGUGACAGCUCCGUGGACCUCAGCGACCGCUCGGACCGUGGCUCCCUCAAGAGGCAGAGCGCCUACGAGCGCAGCCUUGGUGGGCAGCAGGGCAGCCCCAAGCACGGGCCCCACAGUGGCCCCCCUAAGGGCCUGCCCAGGGAGGAGCCAGAGUUGCGGCCCCGGCCUGCCAGGCCCCUCGAUGGCCACCUGGCCAUCAAUGGCUCAGCCAACAGGCAGAGCAGGUCGGAGUCAGACUACUCAGACGGGGACAACGACAGCAUCAACAGCACCUCCAACUCCAACGACACCAUCAACUGCAGCUCCGAGUCGUCCUCCCGCGACAGCCUGCGGGAGCAGACGCUCAGCAAGCAGACCUACCACAAGGAGACCCGCAACAGCUGGGACUCGCCCGCCUUCAGCAACGACGUCAUCCGCAAGAGGCACUAUCGCAUCGGCCUCAACCUCUUCAACAAGAAGCCUGAGAAGGGCGUCCAGUACCUCAUCGAGCGUGGCUUUGUGCCGGACACCCCGGUGGGAGUGGCCCACUUCCUGCUGCAGCGCAAGGGCCUGAGCCGGCAGAUGAUCGGCGAGUUCCUGGGCAACAGGCAGAAGCAGUUCAACCGGGAUGUGCUGGACUGCGUGGUGGACGAGAUGGACUUCUCCGCCAUGGAGCUGGACGAAGCCCUCAGGAAGUUCCAGGCGCACAUCCGGGUGCAGGGGGAGGCGCAGAAGGUGGAGCGGCUCAUCGAGGCCUUCAGCCAGCGCUACUGCAUCUGCAACCCGGGGGUGGUGCGGCAGUUCCGGAACCCAGACACCAUCUUCAUCCUGGCCUUCGCCAUCAUCCUGCUCAACACGGACAUGUACAGCCCCAACGUCAAGCCCGAGCGCAAGAUGAAGCUGGAGGACUUCGUCCGGAACCUCCGAGGUGUGGACGAUGGCGAGGACAUUCCCCGGGAGACGCUGAUUGGGAUCUAUGAACGGAUCCGCAAGCGGGAGCUCAAGACCAACGAGGACCAUGUGUCCCAGGUGCAGAAGGUGGAGAAGCUCAUCGUGGGGAAGAAGCCGAUUGGAUCCCUGCAUCCUGGGCUCGGCUGUGUCCUCUCUCUGCCUCACCGGCGGCUGGUCUGCUACUGCCGGCUCUUCGAGGUCCCGGACCCCAACAAGCCCCAAAAACUCGGACUGCACCAGCGAGAGAUCUUCCUGUUUAACGACCUCCUGGUGGUCACCAAGAUCUUCCAGAAGAAGAAGAACUCGGUGACGUACAACUUCCGGCAGUCGUUCUCCCUGUACGGCAUGCAGGUGCUGCUCUUCGAGAGCCAGUACUACCCCAAUGGCAUCCGGCUCACAUCGGCAGUCCCCGGAGCAGACACAAAAGUGUUAAUAAGCUUUAACGCCCCCAAUCCUCAAGAUCGGAAGAAAUUCAGUGACGACCUCCGGGAGUCUAUCGCAGAGGUGCAGGAGAUGGAGAAGCACCGGAUAGAGUCCGAACUCGAGAAGCAGAAGGGCGUGGUGCGGCCCAGCAUGUCCCAGUGCUCCAGCCUCAAAAAGGAGUCCGGCGGCGGGACACUGAGCCGGGCCUGCCUGGACGACAGCUACGCCAGCAGCGAGGGCCUCAAGCGCAGCGCCCUCAGCAGCUCCCUGCGGGACCUCUCGGAAGCUGGGAAGCGCGGGCGGCGCAGCAGUGCGGGAUCGCUAGAGAGCGGUGUGGACGGGCCCAUCAUUAGCAGUCCUCACACGCGCCGGAGAGCUGCAUCAACACGAGAGUGUCCAUCUCGCCCACACCAGGCUAUGCCCAACUCCUCCUCCCUCCUGGGCUCCUUGUUUGGGAGUAAGAGAGGGAAGCCCCCUCCUCAAGUCCACCCGCCCUCAGCCCCUCCACAGCCACCCCCACCCCCGCCGGGCCUGCCCGCCCCGCCGCACCCAGUGACAGGCCAUCACCAGGGGCCUGCAGAGGGCCCGCCACAGGCCCCGAUGCACGGGCACCCUGCCCAGUACUGCUACCUGCAGCAGAGCCCGCCCCCCUACCACCACCACCACCACCACCACCCGCCCCAGCACGCCCAGCACGUGCACCGGCACCACCACGGCCCCCGUGGGGCACACCUGCCCCACGCGGUGCUCACGCACAGCCACCCGGGCCUGCCCUCGGCCCACGCCAGCCAUCCUGGCCACGCGGGCCAUGCAGCACACCACCACGGGCAGGCCCCGGCCCCCCCGCCCCCCACCAGCAGCAAGGCCAAACCCAGUGGCAUCAGCACAGUCGUAUAGACAGUCUGGGUGGGGCCCAGACCCCGGACACCAGUGCCCAGCACACAGGCAGCCUGGGCAGCCAGCCUCAGACCAGACCCAGGGCACACCCCUCCGUCUCCCCACCUCCCCACGGCCCGGGGGGCCCCUGGGCCUGUGGUGGGGAGCAGAGCUCCUGGUCAGUUCAGCAUCGGCGCCCGGCUCCAUCCACCUCGGCCACCAGCAGCCUUGAAACGGCACCUCCGGCCGAGGGGAGGUGGGGCCCCACAGCCCUGAGCCCUGCCCUCCCUGACCUGACAUGUGAGAGCCUAGAAGGAAGACACGACACAAACCAGGCAGAACAGGACAGACCCACACUUGCUGCAUUAUUGCCCUUUCACUGACAAUGGGCAAAGCUAAGUAGACCUGGUAUGGUUGAUGAAAAUACGUAAGUAAA